AUGUACUUCGAUGCUACCUACAUUGGACUCGCCAUUCUGCUCACCAACCUUGGACUUGGGACAGCCAAAAAAUUACACUUGAAGCCUCGGGAUUAUGAUUCUCGGGAUUAUUACGCGCUGCACCUAACACCAGAUAUAUCACCAAAUGACAUCGCCGAACAGGUUGGGCUAGAGCAUGAGGGUUUAAUUGGGGAGCUUGAUGAUCAUCACCUAUUUUCUGCGCCACGCGGAAAAGAUGAUAUUGUCUCAGUUUAUCUCGAAAGACGUCGGCGAUUGGGAAAGAGAGAUUCUGGGUCGGGUACUAUUACAAAGAGGGAUGCCUCAGACACCAUUUUAUUUGCAGAGAAACAAAAAUUAAAGAGGCUUGUAAAGCGCUCGUCGAUUCCUCCCCGGCAUCAGGAACCGAAUCUCGAAACUCGCCAAAGCGAGGAAGAAGCUGGUUCCACCUCCGGUGGCCUGAAUAUUCAGGAGGUGGUGAAAGCGUUGGACAUUAAGGACCCCAUUUUCCUUGAGCAGUGGCAUCUUCAUAAUUCCCGUGAAUAUGGUCACGACGUUAAUGUCACUGGGGUAUGGAUGGAAGGUAUCACUGGUAUAAACGCAACAGUAGCGAUUGUAGAUGACGGGUUGGACAUGUAUAGCGAAGAUCUCAAAGCAAACUAUUUUGCGCCUGGCUCCUAUGACUUUAACGAUCACACGGCCGAGCCUAAACCUCGUCUGUCAGAUGAUCGUCACGGAACGAGAUGCGCUGGGGAAAUAGCUGCAGUGAAGAACAAUGUCUGUGGUGUCGGUGUUGCGUGGGAUGCCAAGGUGGCUGGGAUCCGUAUACUGUCAAAGCAGAUAUCUGAUGUUGAUGAAGCUGUCGCGAUGAAUUACGCCUACCAAGACAACCAAAUCUACUCAUGCAGUUGGGGUCCUCCAGACGACGGGCAAGCGAUGGACGCCCCUGGAAUACUGAUUAGGCGAGCGAUGAUAAAGGGGGUUCAGAGUGGGAGACAGGGCAAGGGCUCUAUCUUCGUUUUUGCGUCCGGAAAUGGCGCAGCCAAUGAAGACAAUUGCAAUUUCGAUGGUUACACGAACAGUAUCUACAGCAUAACCACUGGGGCCAUUGACAGAACUGGCAAGCACCCGUAUUACUCCGAGUUAUGCUCAGCACAGAUGGUCGUGACAUACAGUAGCGGAAGUGGCGAUGCAAUUCAUACUACCGAUGUAGGAGUCAACGCUUGUUAUGCAAACCAUGGGGGUACAUCCGCAGCGGCUCCUCUGGCCGCAGGAAUAUUUGCGUUGGUAUUGUCUGUGCGCCCUGAUCUUUCGUGGCGAGAUCUCCAGUAUCUUGUGCUAGACACUGCUGUCCCUGUUAACACAGAAGACCCUGAUUGGGAAACAACUGUCAUCGGCAAACAAUUCAAUCAUAAAUACGGGUAUGGAAAGCUUGAUGCUUGGGCGAUUGUCCAAGCUGCGAAAGACUUCAAAUCUGUAAAACCUCAGGCAUGGUUUAAAUCACCGGUGUUGGCUGUCAACCAUGCCAUCCCCGAGGGCCAAAAGGGCUUGCAAACUGAGAUCAAAAUAACCGCAGACGAUCUCAAGAAGGCCAAUCUUGAAAGACUUGAGCACGUAACAGUGACGAUGAAUGCUAAGCAUGGCAGAAGGGGGGAGAUGAGCGUUGAUUUAAUUUCUCCUAGUGGACUUGUUAGUCACAUAGCCACACAGAGAAAAUUUGACAAAAGCAAAGAAGGAUAUAAAGAUUGGACUUUUAUGAGUGUUAAGCAUUGGGGUGAGGAUGGUGUUGGAACCUGGACUGUCAUUAUCAAGGAUGGCAUGGAAAACGAUGUCACUGGGACUUUGGUUGAUUGGAGGAUUACCUUGUGGGGAGAAGCAAUCGAUGCAGCCAAGGCCAAAUUGUUACCACUGCCGGGCGUUAAUGAAGCAGAGGAUAACGACGGGAUGUCUAGCCCAAUAUCUACUCUAACACCCGACGUAAAGACCACCCAACUACCAACCAGCACGCCAACAACUCCCGCCGUGCCUACUGGGAAUCCAACUGAUCAUGUGACUCGCCCUGUUAACGAAAAGCCUGGUAACGAAGAUACCCCCACUGCUACAGUAACAGAAUCACCUGCAACGGCAACAAAUGUUCCAUCUGAAGGUGAAGCAGUUGAUGAUGAAGGUGAUAACCAAAAUGCAAGCUACCUUCCUUCAUUUCUUCCAACAUUCGGUAUGUCAGCAAAGACUCAAGUAUGGAUCUACGGUGCAUUUGCGGUUAUUGCCGUCUUUGUUGGAGUUGUCGCUUCUUAUCUCUUCAUUCAACGAAAGAAACAAAGGGCUAGUAAAGAUGGGAUGGAUUACGAGUUUGCGGUUUUGAACGAUGAAGACGAGCUUGAAGGUACCGGCCCAGGAGAACAUGGCCGUGGCGCCACGGCCGGCGGUAGGCGUAAGGCAAGAGAUCUUUACGAUGCAUUUGGAGCUUCGGAUGACGAGGAAGAACUUUUUAGCGACAGUGAUGAAAAAGGCUAUGACAAUGCUCGAGACUAUGAUGACGAAGAGGCUCAUGGUGUUGAUGAGGGGCGUAGAGUCGGAGAUAGAGAGAAACUGCUUGGUCGAGGAGAUCGAUAA